GAUACAUAAUUUAUCAUUACUAUUUACUAGACUAAAUGUAAACAAAAUUGAAAAUAGUUUCAGCUCUACGAGACAGUGUCGAGUACGACAAAAAGUUAUGUCCAUUUAGUGCACAGUGCACGGACUAUGAUCGGAUGAUGAUUGAAAAUAAAGGGUGAUGUGCAAGACGUUGGGUUGUCAUUAUGGACACCGAGUCUAUAAGGUCCAUGAGUGAGUACAGUUCCAAAUCCAAAUACAAGAGUCACUCACUAAAAUCUGGUACUAAUCAUAGAUCCAACAGUUAUAAAAACAACACUCGAACUGCUCGCAAAUAUUCUGAUAGCCUAAAUAAUCCAUACGAAACAGCUAUGGCACCGUACCAAACUACUGUGAUGUUAGAUGAUACAAGAGAUGGACAAGAUGUUGUUGAAGUGCAAAUAUUACCUCAAGAUGAAAAUUGGGGCGAAAACACUACAGCGAUUACUGGUAACACUUCAGUGCAAUCUGGAUCGAUGGAAGAAAUGGGAGCUCUAUGGCCAGACACUGAGCAAAAAAGUGCUUUUCCAAUAUUGUGCCAUCGUUAUAUAGCUACUACAUUAACUGGGCUUUUGUGUCUAGUCGCUUUUCUUAGCCCGUUAGCUAUGCUAGUUUUACCAAAAUUAGGUGUUUUUAGUCCUGCAGCUACAAAUCUUAGCCCUCAACAAAGAGAAACCCUAUUAAAUUGUGGCGCAGAAUGUAAAGGAGUGUUAGUUUCACUGGCAUUCAAAAUGUUUUUGUUGGCUGUGGCAUCAUGGGCAAUUUUCCUACGUCCCGUGAAAGCAACUAUGCCUCGUAUUCAUGUUUUUAGAGCAAUUGUCUUAGCAUUAGUGUCAAUUUGCUGUGGAAUUUUUUGGCUUUUCUAUGUAGUUCAAGUCACUGAGGGAGUACGAGCCACAGCUACAGGUGAAGAUUUGCUCGAGUAUCGUGCCUUGGUAUCCUAUUCGUCUUCCUUAUGUGAUUGUCUUCUUUGCAUUCAUUAUGUUGCCAUAGUGCUCAUGGAAAUAAGACAUCUUCAGCCAGCUUUUUACAUCAAGGUUGUUAGGAGUCCUGAUGGUGAAAGCCGAUCAUAUCCGAUUGGUCAGUUAUGCAUUCAGCGAGCUGCUGUUUGGGUUCUUGAACGAUAUUAUACUGAAUUUUCCAUAUACAAUCCAUACUUAGAGCGUUUACCAGUUUCAAAGUCUAAAAAGAAUGCUUCCAGCUUUAAAUUUUAUGAUAUUGAGGGUAUUGGAAGUAACACACUCCAGAUGAGUCAAUCCAGAGGUACAAUGAAUGGUCAUGCUAGACGUCGUGACUCAAGUCAUAACGAACGGUUCUAUGAAGAACAUGACUAUGAGCGACGAGUUAAAAAGCGAAGAGCUAGGCUCUUAACAGCUGCCGAAGAAGCAUUCACCCAUGUUAAACGAUCACAUCAUGAUCCUGUAGGUAUUUCUGCCAUGGAUCCAUAUGAAGCUGCUCAAGCCGUUUUUCCAACAAUUGCGCGAUCUCUUCAAAAGUAUUUAAGAGUAACCAGGCAACAGCCGAGGCAUACUGUAGAAACCAUUUUGUCUCACCUUGCCUUAUGUUUAACUCAUGAUGCUUCACCAAAAGCAUUUUUGGAACCUUACUUGAGUGCAGCUCCUGUGUUACAAAAUGAGAAAGAACAAAAAUCACUUCAAUCCUGGUCAUUAAUUUGUAAUGAACUAUUGACCCGAGCACUCAAAGAUGGAACCGUGUUUCAACUACGCCAAAACGAUAUUUCACUUCUGUGUACAGUACAUAAACUUCCCCAUUUCAGUAUUACUGAGGAAGUUAUCAAUCCAAAAUCAAAUAGAUUUGUUUUGAAGUUGAACUCUGAAACUUCUGUCUAAAUGUAUUAUUAUUUUCAACAUGUAACCAUUAGUGACUUGGCAGACCAAGAUCUGAUGUAUUUUCUAGUCUUCAAAUUUAAUUAAGUAUAAACUACUUAAUUUUUUAACAGUAUUCGAGGUAUGUCUCAAAAAUAAAUGUACUAAUUUUUUUUUAUAAAUGUAGAACAUAUUUAUAUAAAAUAACAAGUUAUUUCAUAAAAUUAUGACCCUUUGGAGGUAGUUCUAUCUCUAAGAAUUUUGUUUUUUUUGAGUAAAAACUCAUAAAUCAAUCAAUAGGUGCGUAGUCAAAGUAGAAGUAUCCAAUCAUCCACAAUAUCCCUUCAAAAUCUUGGUAGUAAGUCCAUAAGCUGCAAUUAAAUUUUUAAAUUUCACACAAUAUUUUAUUGGGUAUUGUAGUUCAAUAUUUCUGCACCAUGAAAUGAUACUCGUAUUAAUUUAUAUUUGACAUUUUAACCUAUUUGCUGAUAUAUUAUUUUAUAGUCCAAUAUUGUCAUGAUGCGCACAAAAAAUUUAGUGCACUUACUUUUGGGUCAUACCUCAUAUAUAACUAUUAUAGUAUUAAUGUGUUUUUUUAGAAGACUUCUUAUUAUCUGCUUAUUUUCAAUAACUGACACAGUUAAUUUAUUAGUUAUCUAUCCUAUAUAUAUAUAUAUAUAAUUGAAUAUUAUUUUAUUACAAAAUAACAGAUUGAUCUGCACUUUUCUCCUUGAUCUUGAUAAAUUAAUAAAAAUGACCCAAUUUAAUUUAGAUUUUCUUCCAUAAUAUUUUAUUACAAUCACAUAAUUUUUUAAAUAAAAUUACCAUUUUUUAAAUUGUAUAAAAACAUUUUUUUAUUAUUUCAAAAAGACUGUUAAAUAAAAGUAAAUUAUUUUUUCUAUUGAAAUACCAAUUGUAAUAUUUUAAAGCUCAAUUCAUCGGGGCCAUAUACCUAUUUUUUAUUACAAUAACAAUAUUGCCAUAAUGGUCCAAACUUUUAUUCCUUGCAAUGUGUCAAGAUAUUUUUAUCACAGUUUUAUUUUCAGUAUUAUUUUAUCUUAAAUUUUAUUACUAUUAUGUUUUAUACAUUGAAGUUAUAUAACUAAUUUAAAUUAGUUAUUUUUUUGUUUAUUAACUUUAUAUUUUAAAUUUAUAUUAUUUUACUAGAGAUAAAAAUAUAUUAUUGUAUUUAAUUAGCCUACAGUUAGUACCUAUUUUAUAAAAUGAUUGUGGUACUCAAUAUUGUUUUUGGGCUGAAUGGGUCUCUAUACGCACAAAAAAUAUUCUAAAUUUAUUGAUAAGAUUAUUUUUACUCAAUGUAUGAAUUGUAAACCUAGUUAACUAAUGACAUUAUAAUAAAUACAUUUUUGUAGUGCAAUUUUUUUUAUAAAUAUAUCAACAUUUGUUUUAUACCAAAU